AUGCUCUAUUAAAAAAUGGGUUAUAAUCAAUUGAAUUUAAAUAAAAUGACAACUGAAGAAUUAAAAAAACAUAAAGAAAUUAUGGAAUCUAUGUAUAAGAAAAAUUCUGUUAAACCAGGAGAUAAAAAUUAUAAAUAUGAUGUUUAAAAAAAUUUUAAACCUUCAGCUCAAAAUCAAUGGGAUAUGGAUGAUGAAGAAGAUUAUGAUAUAGUUUGA